AUGGAGGUGCGUGCGGAGAGCAGUGGCUUGGCCCGAACCCUCGGCUCCGCAUACGCUCUCCACGAGGGACUUCUGCCGCAGGGCUCUGUCCCAGGUGGCGGCUUGGCAGGUUCUGUGGUGGUGCCAAUUCCGGUCUACAGUCGGCCCAAAAGCGAAGACUUCAUCCUACGCGGCUACACGAUGUGUUCGUCACAGGAGAGAAGUUUUGAAAACUGGUACUCCAGCGAGCAAUUCCGGAACAAGGCAGAAGAGACCGUGGAGCUCCGAAGCCGGGUCGCAUCUGCCUUGGGGCGCACAAACGUCACCGAGGAUGAUGGCACUGGUGCUCCCCUCCCUGACUGGUGGAAUACCUACGAUGAGUUGGUGAUUGCGGCUCAAGCCGGAAGUCCGGUUGUAAAUUCGUCGGACAUGGAAGAGGCCGAGGAGCUCGCAGCUUGGCUUGAAGCCAUGAAAUUCAGCAAGAAGGUGGCAGGUAAUCGCUGCGGAGGACCUCUCCUGCAUGUGAUUGGCGAGCGUUUGGAUUCCUCCAAGUACCCUGAACUGUCAUGCGCGGUCCAGGAAGAUGGUUGUGGCAUCAGUGCGGAUGCGUCGGACAAGAUGCAUGACAGCUGCCUGAUCGAACUUGAACAUGGCAGGCAAUGUGACAGCCUGGAUUCCUUUUCCUCAAUCCAGACUCGGAAGUACCAGAAACCGAUGGAGCUCUCGAACUUGUCAACUUCGAUGCUUGCGGAAGAUGCAGGUGAGCUGACGAGCAUGUCGAUUUUUCUGAGGAACCUGGCAUUGCGCUAUGCAACAACGGAUUUCUCAGUCAGUCAGUGCACCAACGGGACCGAUCCCAUCUCGACCGCCGAGCUGUGCCAAGCGGCGGCUUCCGUCCUUGGCUUGACUUUUCGAAAGCCAGGCUUCUUGGACGGAAGGGCGCCGGGUUGCGUCGUUUCGAGGAACUCUGACGUGUGGUUCAACCUGGCAAGCGGCGGUGCAAACAGCGACAAGCUUGGUCUCAUUUGUGAGAUCAAACAGCCUUGCACCGCGACAGCCCCCAAGCUGAGUUCAGUCUACCCAUGCACAUGUGGAUCAGCAACCUGUCAGCCAGGCCAGCUAUGCAGUUCAAACGGGUGUGAAGAUGUUCCGUGCAGUGUCACUAAUGGGAGUGCAACAAGCGAUUCCUAUCCAUGCAUGUGCGGCAAUGUCACCUGCGGAGAUGGCCAAAUCUGCACAUCCAGUGUGAACGAUUGCCUGACUUUUGCGCUGAUGGACUACGGUUUAAGUGAUUGUGGGCCAUUUGAUUCUGUGCUUACGGUCUCACAGUGUGAAGCUGCGGCAUUGAACCUGAACUUGACUUAUCGGGCAUCAGACAACACGGACGGAACUGCGCAAGGUUGCAUUGCCUCGGCAAGUGGCGACGCUUGGUUCAAUUCUGUCAGCGGUGGCGUGAACAACGCCAGCUAUGCCCUCAUUUGUUCAACCAGGCAGGCGCCAAGUGUAGGGCCGGUACCAGCAUCGGAGCUUGCAGACUUUGAACCUCCCACAACCACAACUUCCGACAUGUCGGCGCCAACAUCAACGACGGCAGGAGUCAUCUCGUCAACACAGCUGCCAAUCUCGACCACGUCGGCGCCAACACCCUCCACUUCAACGCAGUCAGCCCCUGCAGCAUGGGAGUUCGUGACCUCGGGCAGUUGUUCCGAUCCUGUCACUUCGCUUGCAGAGUGCGCUACCGCCCUUGAAUCGCUAGUGCCAGGGGCAGGUCCGCCAGUAGCAGACAACUUGCCCGUGAACAGCUCGGCAAGUUUGACUCGCCCUACAGGUUGCUAUUACAGAGCGAAGGGAAAUCACAGGGGAUUUGACGUCACCGGCACGAACGAGGGCUUGUGUGGCUCCGGCGGUUGGAACUGUUUGUGUCGUCAGACCUCUCUGAUGAUGAUGCAGUUCGUACCGAGCAUGGGCCGCAACAUCGACAUGAUGCCUUUUUGCGAUUGGGAGAGGGGAUGGCAGACGAUGACAGAUCCAUACAAGUGUCAAGUGGCAGUGCAAUCGGGUGAAAUUCCCUUCUCUGGAGGAAGAUGGAGGGGUAUCACUUGGAGGGUCAGCAAAUUUGGUUGCAUAAGGUACGGCGACUAUCCAGGCGAGAGAUUUAUUUUCAACACGAGAAAACACCAGCCGGGGGAGUAUUUUCGGGACGUUGCCGAAAUUUGUGAGAAGCGUGAAGCCUGUGAAUGCACGAAUGGUGCUAAUCCUCGUUAUCAAUAUUGGCCAUGCAUCGAGGGUGCAAACUGCGCAUCUUGCAAUCACGGCUACUACCUGACGAGCGGCACGUGUCAAGAACAGGUUUGUACCUGCGAAAAUGGCUCUGCUGAGCGAGGGCUCGGCUGCCCCAGCAAUGGCGCCGCCAAAUGCAGAGACUGCAACUCCGGUUAUUAUUUGGCUGGCGGAUCAUGCAUUGCUCACACGUGUUUGUGUCAGCGAGGUGUGGCUGCAAGAGGAGCUACCAGCUGCCCAAGUGGCGGGUGGGUUUGCGCGUCGUGCGAUGCUGGAUUUCAUCUCAAUGGAGUACAUUGUAUCGUCAACAGAUGUACAUGUGCCAAUGGUCAGGCGGCACAAGGCGCAGCGUGUUAUGCAAGUGGUAAUAUUUGCACCUCGUGCAAUCCAGGCUAUGUUCUGGCUCACGGAGUGUGCCAGCCUUGCCGGGACUUCAGACCGAACUAUUAUGAUUUUUGGUUUGACGGGGCUGGCAACACCUGUGCGUGGUACGGUGAAGUAAAUGGCAGAUGUUCGAGCUUUGGAUCGUCGGUUAAUCAUGGACAGUCGUCCUUUCAAGCCUGCUGUUCCUGUGGUGGUGGGUCCCUGGAAUGCAUUGCACGUUUCGUAGACGAUAAGCCACUGGAAGGGACGGAGUUCCGCGAGGUCACCUUGACUGGCCCCACUUCGGAGCUUGAUGCCCGAUGCUGCAAUCUCUGCAAAGACAAUUUUAAUUGCGAGUACUGGUUCCGAGAUUUGGACGAGACAGGAGAAGUAAAAUGCAGACUGGGACAUUCUGCCACCUUGCGCAAGCGUCGUGACGGUCCAAACUAUCGUGGAGGUUACAAGGGGUGCAGCGUUCAGGAUGGGAGUGGAGCAAGCUCAGCAUACCCAUGCACCUGCGGAGGGGCCACCUGCUACAAAGGCCAAAAAUGCUUCGGCAGCGACAGCUACUGUGCAGGCCCUUUCAUGACCUUGAACGCAUAUAGAUAUCCAAUCACGACGCCUUGUGCCUCACCUGUGCUCCCCAUAAGCAGCAUGGCCGAGUGCGAAUCGGCAGCGGCAGCCUUGGGGCUCAGUGCUGUGUCGGGCCCAGUCCUACAUGUCGGUGGUCCGGUAGGCUGCUAUCAAUGGAGUUUAGAUGAUGCAACAACAUCAAGAUGGAAAGGCGAAGCCACAAGUGGAGUCUGGCCUUUUGCUUACUUUCAUAUUUGCACAAAUCCCCAGCUCCUCGGCACAUUUCCGUCAGCAUUUCCACGUGCAAGUUCCAACUCCCUUGCACCUCCCGGAGCUGGGUUUUCGUUUGUCGGUGUACCCUGGCUGCCGCUUCAGCCAGACAAAGUCUCAAAGUGGCCAGGAACAUGCAUCAGAACCAAUGUGGAACAAUCGUGGUACCAGGUGGACUUCCAGAAUGUGUAUCGGUUCAGCAGUGUGUCGCUUCUCAGUCGUGACGAUUGCUGUGAGGAUGAGUUGCAAAACCUCGACAUCCUUGUUGCGACUGCUGGGUUUAGCAGCUAUACGGUCUGUGCACGCGGUGUGGGCGUCCUUGAACGGGGAGUGACACAGAACAUUCCGUGCGAAGGGACGGGCUCCAUCAUCCAAAUUCAGCAUUCGAGCACCAAGGCAUUGUCGCUGUGCGGCUUUUCAGCAUUUGGUGUUCCGGUCGGGUCAUUUGUACAGAUCCAGCAACCUGAGCCAGGAGUAGAUGGUGACUUGAUACUGCCAGCUAACGGUUCACAACAGCUUUUGAACAACUCAGAAGCAGUGCCCGCUGUGUCACCACAAACGGUCGACACCAUCAUCAUCAGUGGCCACUGUGACUCCACCGUGAACGGUGUUUAUGCAGGCUUUGGCACUACAACCAGUGGCAUGCCAUUCUACAGUGAUGAGGACGGAUACCACCUCUAUUAUGACCCUGAUUGCGAUGGACUCGGCACGCCUCCAAAAUGGAUAAUUGGCUCGACCCUGCCGAACACCACGAGAUUCUCAGAUCUUGAUGAAGAUGGUGCCUGUGACUUUGUCGCUGCAAUUCCUUCCCGAACUAUGAACCCUCUUUCCAGGCCACCCACGGGAGAGUUGUCCUGGAGAUUGCUCUGUGAUGGCAGCUUUGAUGACAGGAGCAUGAAGCUCGAAAAUGGCGAUACUCUGAGCUGGCAGAACAAUUUCGGCUUGUCUUGCGAAACCUAUAUUUCUAGAGGUUGGUGCAGCAACGGUGGCUUCACUGCUGGGUUCGAGUGGACCGGCAAAGAAGCUUACUUGGAUCAGUCGACGGUGCCGCAGGACUGCCAAGAAAGCAUCCUUUUCCAGCAAGCCGGCAACUGCGCAGAGUUUUACAACUACCCAGGCAGAAACUGUGCUGCCUGUGGGAAGAGUGCGGCAGAAGCGAAUUGCAGCAUCGUUGAUGGGAGCACCUCGAGCUCAAGCUAUCCAUGCCAGUGUGGAAACGCUACAUGUGCAAGUGGUCAAGUUUGCAUGUCCAGUUCGAGCACUUGCCAGGAUGGCCAGUUCGAGCCAACCCUCGUGUCCGGCUAUAUCUCGAUGGCCUUGGCGAACUGCACAGCUUUCAUGGCUGAGCCGAAUGCCUCUCACGCGAUUGCUGAGGGUGUGGGCAAGCACUUACGACUUCCAGUGUCAUGGAUCAGCGUGCAGCUUACUUGUGGUGUACUGCUCUUGGAGGGUGAGCAGGGCUCAUCGCAAGAUCUACAAGGAGCACUCCAGAUCAGCAUUCCGCCUGCCAAUGCCUCCGUGUAUGAUCCAACCACAAUCGCCAACAAUGUGGUCAAUGUGGACAGAGACGCUUUGGCAAUGGAGAUUUCCUCUGCAAUUGCAG